AUGUCGAUUCAAUCUGCGAAUGAACACACCCUUAAGCAUGAUAGGUUCCUUCUCGCUAGUGUUAAACUUUCUGCUUCUUCUUCAUCGCAAGAAACCCCUUCUCCUUCAAACUCCGCCCCUGAUUCUCUUUUUGACGUUUCUCAUAAAAAAACAUUACCUUUAUCUUCUACCGUCAGUAAGGUUGGUGUUGAAGUGGCGGCUUCCAUCGAUGCUAGCAGCAUAUCAGAGUAUUUGAUAGAGACUCUUCCUGGGUGGCAGGUUGAAGACUUUCUCGAUUCAUAUUUUGUUCCCUUUGGUUUCUGCAAGGUCUGCACUUUCCUCCUUUCUCUCCUCUCGAAAUCAAUUGAUUCAACUAUCCAGGUGUUCCUUGCGAUGGUCGUUCCAGUGCUCGUGAAAUUUUCUCCAAUUGAAAAAAUUAACUUUGCCUCAAUUAAGAACCCUAAUUAA